CACCAAGUUUUAAGAAUUUACCAUUCACUAAAGUCAUUACAAAAGCUGCAGUUGAUAGUAUGACUGACAAAAUGGAUGUUUACAACGUAGAAGCGAUUGAUCCUGACAGGCAUGACGUUCCUGGAUUGUUGGUUCAUUUAGAAGCAGUUAAUGCAUACUUUCAAAUAAGAAAAAAUACAAGUAUGGUUCUUAUGGUAAAGCACGCUCCUUUAGGGAGUCAUGUAUUGAAGAUAGAAGUAAAGGAUACAUGUGGUAAAACCAAGACCGACGAACUGACUGUAGAAGUCAAAGACGAUUCUCCUACGGCAGCACCUCCAGCAGUAACUACAAAAACAGUUACAACAACACUUACAACAACGCCCGAUUAUUAUGAUUAUGGUGAUGGAGAUGAUGGUGACGACAAUAGUGGUGUUAGUGGUACUGCUGCACCUGCGUCAGGCACUCUACAAGAGUUCGAAUGGGAUUGGCUUGUUGCUGUUUUAAUUGCAGUAGGAAUUAUUUUGUUAGUAGCAGCGCUUAUUUUCUUCUUCCACAAGAAAGGGUGGCUACAUAAACAUCAUAGAACUCUCCCUAUGAGGAAAAAUCCAAAGGAUGUAGAAAGUUCCGAUGGUCUUAAAACUGAAACAAAAGUUGAUGACCUCAAUAAAACUGAAAACAAACCAGAUGUCACAAGUAAUAAUGGCACGAAACAGAAUGAUGUUAAACAGGAUGGAAUUAAAUCAAAGGACUCAAAACCAGAUACAACCAAAUCAAAAUAUUAUACCAAACUUAAAUAAACCGUAUACACACAUAUUUCUAUUGGAUUAUUUCAAUUAUUUCAAUUUGUUAAAUUGAGGAAAUACAUAUAAAAUUGUAAUUUAAUGGUGGUCAUUUAUAAGAGAAAUUUCAUCACCUUUUCUAAAAUCUUUGUUGCGUUUUUAAAAUGACAUCGUUUGGAUUUAUAUUGCUGUUUUGCUGUUCAUAUUGUAUUUAAGGGUGAAUAUGACUUUUUAUUAAAGUUAUUCAUUAAUGGAGUAUAGCAAUGCUGAGUAAGAAAUACUUCAUUCUUUUGUAACGGUAGAAUGAGGGAAUGAUAAUGUUCAACUAGAAUUAAGGUGCACUUUGAUUGAUCGAUUAUUCAUGGUAC